AUGUCGAACUCGAUACCUCCUCGGUCGGCGGUGCUUCUGGGUGCCCUCGCCUGUCUCGUCGCGUAUGGCUCCUCCCGGAUCGUCAUAUCGCCUUGGACCCUCGUCAUCUGCUCGCCGCUCAUUAUUUUAUCGACGGCCCUUCUUUUUGUCGUACUGGACUUAUGGGCGACAUGGUCGAGCGAACUCAGGAUGCUGGGUCGACUUGCGGAGGCGCAUCGUCAAGACGGCUCGAACGACUUGGGAGGUGCGACAUCCGCUGCACGGAACGCUGGAUCGUCGACCGGCAACAUAACUGGCAAGAACAGUGAUCGGAUACAGAGUAGUAGCAGCUACAAUCGGAGACCAGUUGUUCCGCUCGUAUUCACCUCGCCUGCCGCAUGGCUCGUGCUUCAAACUCGUGCUUCGUUCGAGUCUUCAACUUCGAACGCUCGCCCGCCGUUCCCUGGUGCAACACCCGAGCUAUCGUCAUCCCUCAAUGAGCUACUUAGUCUCAUCAUGCGCGACUUUGUCCUGCGAUGGUAUGCGUCCAUUUCGGACUCGCCGGGCUUCCCGCAAGCGGUCGAACAGACCAUUCGCGAGGCGCUGCUGGCGAUUGCUUCCCGAGUUGGUGACGUUGACUGGUCCGAUGUCGUCGUCGGAAAGAUUUUGCCGCUCUUUUCGGCCCACCUCGAAGCCUUUCGCACGGCUGAGCACGCCUUGAGGGGACAGGACGUCCAUGCGCAACUGACUGAAUCCGACGAGCUCGAUCUCUUCCUCGCCUCUCGGUACGCGAGCGCAACCAAAGCUGGCAAACUCCAUGCCGCUGUCAACAUCGCCAGCCCAAACUCGAAACCAGCGGAAGAAUCAUGGUUGAGUGGUCUGAUCGGCAACAUUCUACCGUUCAUCAUCCCCGAUCGCGAACUCGACAGCGGCGCGGUGCGGAUCAUGUGCCGAGAAAUCGUCGCCUGCUCGGUCCUUGGUCCCGUCGUCGAUCUUCUCAGCGACCCAGAUUUCUGGAAUCGUCUCAUUGAUGACAAGGCUGGUGCUGCCAUUCGCGAUCAGAAGAUGGUCAACCAAUUCCGAGAAGCGCUCGACAAGCAAGGCAUCACCCUUUCACCGACGGUGCUUUCCCCCCGCGCGACCCCAUCCCUUCGUCGGACUCGCAAGACCGAAGAGAUUUCGGCUCGAACAAAUUCGAAGCAAUUUGACGCUUGGUCCAAGAGUAUUGCGCAAUGCGCCAACUUGUUGGAUGCGCGCCGGCUGCGCAGCGAUGUCACGAACCACAUUCGCCGUACAACUGCAACCAUUGGUGUGUACACGCAUCGUUCGACGUUCCUCCGUUCGAAUUGCGCUGAAUCACCUCGCUCUCUGCUUGUAUGGGACUUGUAGCUUCGAAGAAGGCCGACGAGCUCGUCGAUGGCGUGAAGGUGCUCGAGCUAGGGAACUUUGUUGAUCGCCUCGACGCAGUGAAACGCAAGAUUGACAAGCGGAUCGUCGAACUUGGAGGCCUUGACCCUUCUCAGGUGAGUGUGGCGAGUUUUGCACCCAUAUUCUGAAAGCAGACUAACCUUUUCGACUUCUGAUGAUGUGCAGGCGCCUUCGAGAGUUGCUGACACGGUCGCGACUCCAACAAUGCCUUCCUCCGGCGUCACCUUGCGUGACAUCCUGCUUCAACCCACGGCUCUUUCGUAUUUCAUGGAGUACCAAGAACGAAGAAAGCGCUCAAUUCGGGUCCAGUUCUGGUUACUCGUCGAGGGGCUCAAAGACCCGCUGGAAGGCACCGGUGUCGAUGAGGAGACGGCGCUGAUGCGACCGCCCUCGCCAUCCACCAUUGCCACCGCACGCGACGACAUACUCAUGGUGUGGGCAACGUAUCUGGUCCACAACUCGUUAAACUCGGAUCAGAAGCAUCUGCGGGUCAUCAGAAGCUUUGUGGACCGAGAUCCAAGUGCAUCCGUCACCGCAGCUGAGCUGCGCAGAGUACGCCAUGCCAUCUUCUCCGCUCAGCGCGACGUUCUAGCCGACAUGGAGGAAGAGGACUUCCCACCUUUCGCCAAGUCGACGCUGUACUUCAAAGCGAUUGCCGACCUCCCGACCUUUUCACCUUCGGUAAUCACUGACUCGGUAGUUCGAGCUUCACCCGAAGAGUCUCGCCCUACGGCGCGCCCUCGUGCAUUGUCAAACCCCCAAACACCUAUGGCUCCACGCUUCACUCCGCCAGAAGUGCAGCGGUCCAACUCUCCCCCAACUCUGCCGGCUCGGAGACCGUUGCCCCCGGCUCUACCGCCUCGCCGAUCGUCGUCCCCUCCACCCACGAGUCUGACUUCGAAGCCUGAGCUAGUGCAUCGCACCGAUACAGCUCCACCACAAAUCAGUCGUCAGGUCGCGGUCGACUCGAGACCCUCAGGGAGGCGGGUCGGUUCCGACAACGGGAUUUUCAGUGACGGCGACGGAUUCAGUCGAAAGACCUCGAUCGACUCGUUGGUAUCGUAUGACUCCACCAUGAUGCAAAGUGGCGGACGUCGUCGACCGCCUGUCAACAUGUCGGACUCGCUCGAAUUCCUUAUGGCCUCGCCGGCUGUUGAAGCGGAUGAGGGGAGGCGCUCUCCUCUCUUUGACGAUGAGGUCGAUCUAGACCACUCGCCUCUUUCCCUCAAGCGAACACCGACCGAAGGAGGGCCAACUCUCACGGACGAUGAAGCGGUACAAGUGCAUACGAUUGAAGCUAUCCAAGAGGCGUUGACCUCGAUUCUCGCCACCGACGCUCGGAGUUCUGUAGCCGGCCCGAGCUCCUCGACGCCCCCUAGUGCUCGACCAGCUAGUACUUCGAAUGAGGAGGGGCUCCGUACACAGCAUCAGCGCUCGUCGAGCGAAAUCGUUCAAAGCAAGCACCAACGCAAGCCGUCCCAAGUCCCAUCUGCAAAACCUGAUCGCUCUGACCGUGUCCCUUCGAACUCGAGCUCCAAGUCAGGCCCUCUCCACAUCGUGACCGGUCCCGAAGAGCCGUCGACGCGCAGCAAGAGGGUGUUUGACGACGAAGAAGAUAUCGAUGAUCUCGAUCUGGACGAGGCAGACGAGACCGAGUUCGACGUUCGAGCACUCCGCCUUGCGGCUCCUGGCGACUUGCAGCUCUCGGACGAGAUCGAACGACUCGGUGCUCAAUUGGACAAGCUACACAGCCAAGAAGUUGUCGUCGAAGCUCUGAUCAGGAAGGCCGAGUUGACGGGAAUUGCAUCCGAGCUCAAGAUUCUGACCAAGUCAAGGGACAGUCUUCGACGCGAGGUUCGUGCCCUUACCUUCCAAAAGAGCCAGUUCGAGUCGCAGGAAUCGGAGAACAAGCUCGUUCCUGGUCGUACGACGGUUAGGAUCUCUGGAACGACGAUCGGCCAAGCCGAAGGGCAAAGCUUUCAGCUCUACCUUGUCGAGGUUCACCAGCUAGCUCAAGACGGAGCGUUUGGCUCGGGCUGGAUCGUCACCCGCCGCUACAGCGAGUUUGCGACGCUGCAUGCGCACCUUCGGGAAAAGUAUGUCGCUGCUCGUAACCUCGAGUUUCCAGGGAAGCGACUCGUGACCUCAUACAACGACGGGUUCAUUGAACAGCGCAGAUUGGGGCUUGAAAAGUACCUACAGGUGCGUUCGACUCCCAGUUGCUACCUGUGCAAUGCCGUUAGCUGAUGAAUUAACUCUGGUGCUUUCACAGGCCCUCAUUCGCGUACCUGUCAUUUGCCAAAGCAACGAGCUGCGAUCGUUUUUGUCGCAGCAAAACAUCUCACUGCCCAAGUUCGAUGUCGACACGACUAAGCGCUCGACAGCAUCGCUUUUUCCAGGUCAAGGACUCGUUCGUUCGUUCUAUCGCACCGUCACGUCCGGGAUUGAUGACAUGCUCGGGGCUGGCCCGGCCUCGAUGAUGGACACGAUCAUCCACCGCCUUUCGCAACAGGCUGCGGAUAUGGCAGGGAUUGGAGGAUUGGGUGUCCAGGACGAAGAUCUUGUCGGUCAAUUGAUCGACGAUGCCACCAAGGACCCUUCAAAACUUUCCUUGGCGAUGGGACUCGGCGAAGAAGGUUUGACUUACUUCACGGCCCCAAUCUGCGAUCUUUUUGUCGUGCUCUUCCAGUUGAAGGAGAAGAACAAUUGGCUGCGGUGAGUCGGCAAGGCUUUCGUCGUCGUCGAGCUGAUCGCACUAAUCAUUGAUCACCGUCGAUAUACUGCAGUCGUCAAGCCAUCUUGAUCAUCCUGCAACAGAUUCUCGGCGGCACCAUCGAGCGGUGAGUCUGGCCAUGUGCCUCACCUCACAGAUUGAAAUCAAACCACAGCUGAAGUCGCGGACAAUCCUCACAGCAAAUUCCGCGAUGGCGUCAAAAUGCUCUUUGGUCCCCAACAACUCGUCUCUUACAUCUCCAACCUCAAAGGUGCCCUAUGGCCCGGCGGUCAACUCAAGCCUUCUGAAGCGCCGAGGACGACGGCUCAAAAGAUGGCGACGCGCGUUUCGGCGAAUCGCAAGUUGUCGGCGUUGAUGCCUGGUACGUACUUUUGUCCGACUACAAAAGAGAGUAUUGCUCAUGUUUAUAUUUCGCUUCGGUGUAGACAUCGCGGCCAACCUGAUCGGCCGAGCAAACGCUCGUCAAGGUGCUCGUCGCCUAUUUGCGGUCUUGCAAAAUCGGCGUCUCAAUCGAGUAAGCGUCUUUUACCGAAACUCAUCCCACGAGUCGAAUUAAUCGACCCCACUCCCCUCUCACUUAACAGCACCUCAUUUACUCCAUCAUCGACGAAGCCAUCUCGGUCCUCUUUCCCGAAUUGGCGAAUCUGCCUCCUCGUCCUUUACCUACUUUUAACGCGCAGAACCGUUCUCGUGCAUGA